GUUUAAAUUUUGGUAUUAUAUAACAUUACAAACCUUGACUUUUAUGUAUAGAUACACAUAUUACAUGGAUUCAAAAAUAUGACAACAACUACAGGACAUGUCCCUAAUUUGAGGAGGUUGGGUAGAUAUAUUGCACGUUCCUGAAUUCAUGGUAACUGUCAUAUGUACUACCUCGACUUCAUUGAUGACUCGGGUCAAAUUUACAGGGCAGUUAAAGUCGGGUUUAUUGUCAAUCCCGAAUCUCAUAAGGGUCGUGUCGGGUCGGGUAUGUCGGGUGAUCACGACGCGAGAAAAAGAACUGACCAGAAAAUAUAAAUGCAGACGCGGACCAUCAUUUCAUUACCCACUUUAUCCGGGUCCGGUUUCAGCGCGGCGGUGACGUUCGGACCACACACUCAGGCGACGAGGUUUCUGCUCUGUUCUGCCGUUUCUCUCAGAUCGCCGUCGCUGUUUGCUCUUCCCAGGCAUCAGGAUGUCGCUGCUAAGAAGGAGAAAGGGCCCAGUACAGGAUGCAACCCAAAUGCAGGAUCCGGAGGAGAAAAAACCCGAGACUCAGAAACCAGAAAAGCGGAGCAAAUGGUCUUGUGUGGAUAGCUGCUGCUGGUUCAUUGGGUGCAUAUGUGUUGUGUGGUGGGCACUCUUGUUUCUAUACAAUAUGAUGCCUUCUUCUUUUCCACAAUACGUCACUGAGGUGAUAACCGGACCAAUGCCCGACCCGCCAGGGGUGAAGUUGAAAAAAGAGGGGUUGCAGGCUAAGCAUCCAGUGGUUUUUGUGCCGGGGAUUGUGACUGGUGGACUGGAGCUGUGGGAGGGACAUAGUUGUGCCGAUGGUUUGUUUAGAAAAAGGCUGUGGGGAGGCACAUUUGGAGAGGUCUAUAAGAGACCUUUAUGUUGGGUGGAACAUAUGUCGUUGGAUAACGAAACUGGUAUGGAUCCUUCUGGUGUAAGAGUCAGGCCUGUCACUGGUCUCGUUGCUGCAGAUUACUUUGCUCCAGGAUAUUUUGUCUGGGCAGUUCUAAUUGCUAAUCUUGCAAGGAUCGGGUAUGAAGAGAAAACGAUGUACAUGGCUGCAUAUGACUGGAGGCUUUCGUUCCAGAAUACAGAGGUGCGUGACCAGACGCUUAGCCGAAUAAAAAGUAAUAUUGAGUUGAUGGUUGCUACAAAUGGUGGCAACAAGGCAGUAAUAAUUCCACAUUCCAUGGGUGUUCUAUACUUUUUGCAUUUUAUGAAGUGGGUUGAGGCACCCGCUCCAAUGGGUGGAGGGGGUGGACCAGAUUGGUGCGCUAAACAUAUAAAGGCUGUGAUGAACAUUGGCGGACCUCUUUUAGGUGUUCCAAAAGCCGUUUCUGGGCUUUUCUCUGCGGAAGCAAAGGAUAUCGCUGUUGCCAGGGCCAUUGCCCCGGGUGUUCUCGAUAAGGAUUUAUUUCGAAUCCAAACUCUGCAGCACAUAAUGAAGAUGACGAGGACAUGGGAUUCGACAAUGUCUAUGAUACCAAAAGGUGGAGAAACCAUUUGGGGUAGUCUUGACUGGUCACCUGAGGAAGGCUAUGUUCCAAGCAAGAGAAAGCAAAGUAUCAAUAGUACAGAGAAUCCCAUCAAUACUGAAUCACAAUCAAAACAUGUCCAUUAUGGAAGAAUAAUAUCUUUUGGAAAAGAUGUAGCAGACGCAGAUUCUUCUGAGAUUCAGAGGAUUGACUUUAGGGAUGCUAUAAAGGGUAACAAUGUGGCAAAUAACACCUGUCAUGAUGUUUGGACGGAGUAUCAUGACAUGGGUAUCAGUGGCAUCAAAGCUGUAGCUGAAUACAAAGCUUAUACUGCUGGUGAUGUAUUGGAUCUUCUACACUAUGUUGCCCCUAAAAUGAUGGAACGUGGUAGUGCUCAUUUUUCAUAUGGAAUCGCUGAUAAUUUGGACGACCCCAAAUAUUCACACUAUAAAUAUUGGUCAAAUCCAUUGGAAACAAGGUUACCAAAUGCUCCAGACAUGGAGGUGUACUCUAUGUAUGGGAUUGGCAUUCCAACAGAAAGAGCUUAUGUUUACAAGCAGAUCCCAGCUGCAGAUUGCUACAUUCCGUUUCAGAUCGAUACAUCAGCAGAUGAAGAAGAUGAAAAUCGCUGCCUGAAAGACGGUGUGUUUACAGUUGAUGGCGAUGAGACCGUGCCUGUUCUAAGUGCAGGCUUCAUGAGCGCAAAGGGGUGGCGUGGAAAAACUAGAUUCAAUCCUUCUGGAUUGAAAACUUACGUGAGGGAGUACGAUCACGCUCCUCCUGCUAAUCUUCUUGAGGGCCGUGGGACCCAGAGCGGCGCUCAUGUUGAUAUAAUGGGAAAUUUUGCUUUGAUCGAGGACAUUAUGAGGGUUGCUGCUGGUGCUACUGGAGAUGAGUUGGGAGGUGAUCGUGUGUAUUCAGACAUCUUCAAGUGGUCUGAGAAGAUUGAGUUACCUCUCUAAGUUGCAGUUGUGAGGACUCCCUCAUCCCUUAAGACAUUCCAAUACAUACACGAUCACUUCAAAAGCUUCAUAAUUUCGUAAAUUUUAUACAUCCAGUUGUGAAGCAUUGUAUAUUAUUUGCACGACAAUUUACAUGGCGGCCAGUUGCCGGAGCCAUCAUCAUUGAGUAUCUACAAAUAGUAUGGGUACUCCUCAUAUUUUGUACCACGAUUAUAGGUGAAUAGGAGGACGGAUUUCCUCAGAUAUGUAGCAACUUAAUGUUGCUUUAUCAGUGCCUGCUGGAAAUUCUGUAAUUAAUUAUGGUCCUUCAGACCUUUACUUAUUCGGCUGGUCUCCGCGUGACCUCUGUAUUGUAGCAUCUUAUUGAUGUUAUUCUUUGGACCAUAAUUUCAUGUUGUAAUUUCUUCUAGAGAUGUUCAGUUA